GUCAUACUGAAAGUUUGACAAUCAAGAGACUAUGGAAGGUAGAAGCCUAUUUGAAAUUACCAGAAAACUAAUGAUCAUCAGCGGAAUGUCGAGACCUAAAUUACAGGAAACUUCGCAUUUCUCGAAUGCAUUGUACCUUGCUUAUUCCCUUUUCGUGCAAGUCCUUUUUGGAACUCAUUUGUUAUCCUACGUAAUCAACUUUUACCUUUUAUAUUCCCAAAACUUCGAUGACACUAUUGAAAAUUUAUCGAGGAUGAUAUACGUGUUGCUGAUAAUGGUGAAAGUGAUCUUGUGUCAAAGUUCUGGAUUACUGGAACUUAUAGAGAUUGCCAGUAGCGAGGAAGUCAAUCUUCAUCUCGCAGGGGAUAUCUCGAUGCUAGUAAUAUACGAAUACCACCGGAAACAGUUCUACAAGAUUCUGAGCACCAUCGUUUCGUAUACUGCAACUUUGUUCUUUAAAUUGAGCAUAGAAGGAAUCCAGCAAAGCUUCAAACUACACAAAAGCGUGAACGGAACGGUUGAAAAGUCAUUGCCCUUGUCCAUGUGGUUCCCGUUCGAUGAGAACAGAUACCACGCUUUGGCGCUCACCUACCAAAUAGUAGAGCUGUUCUGGACUGCCUUGUUCACCACUACCGUGUAUGCCGUAUCGAAUUCGUUGGCCAUAUUUCUAAGAGCCAAACUGAAAAUUUUUCAGCACCAACUCAGGAACUUUCGCGCGAACGCCCCAAGCGAUGGGAACGAAUUGAAAAUGUUGUGCAUCGAACAUAAAGCGAUCAUCAGUUGGAGCAGACGUUUCAAUUCUUCAUUCAGUUGGCUGAUUUUGUUGGAGUACAGUCUAACUUCACUAUUGCUUGCCACCGUACUGGUUCAAAUUGACGAGGGCAAUGAUACGCUGUUCCACAUUGUAUACUUCUUUUUAAUAUUUUGCCAACUCCUGAAUAUUUGCUGGAAUGCCAACGAAAUAAAAUGCGAGAGCUUGAAACUGGCAGAAGCUUUAUACGAGAGCCGGUGGUAUGAUCUAAAUAAAAGGAUCAAAAGCAUCUUGUAUUUUAUGAUGCUCAAGUGUCAAAGUCCUUUAGGGAUAACCGUCGGCCCUUUUGGAAUGUUGACGACGGACGAUGCAAAAUCUAGACUUAAAUUGGCUUAUUCGUUUCUUUCGAUCAUGUCAGGACGUAGUUGAAGGUGAAGGUGGAACAUCAGCAAGAAAACUUGGGUUUUUUCAAAGCCUGAUGAUUGGAUUUUGCUUGCUGUUCUGGGUUAUUAUUAAGCUUAGUUUUGGUUUAUGAAUUUUAUGUUAUAAAUAACGCCUUUCCAAUAAUUGAGCAUUUGUUACGAAGACAAUUCAUUUGGCUAAAAAUAUUGGAUGUCUCUGAAAUUUUCCUCUUUUGACUUUAAACUACUGCAUAAAAAAUUUCUCAACGGAAUCCAUAUAAUUACCACAACGUUAAACUUCGUAAAAAAUAAAUAGUACUCUUCCUGAAACUCAAGUCCAAACUUAAAUACAUUCAAAAAAAUGUACAUCGUGUGCCAAACAAAACGAUCUAGUUUACGAUCUGGAAACCCAUACUAGUUACAAAAAAAAUUUGGUACAAAUGUUUGCUGGACUCUAUGUCAGGUAUUUAUAUACCUUAACGGAUUUGAUAAAACUUGAGAAUUCAUAUUUAGAGAAACAGUCAUUACUUAAUUAUUUAGCUGGAUUGAAGGUACCUAAUAACAAAAUACAUAAUUAAAAUAUACAGGUUAACCAAAGAACUAUAACUUAUUUAAAAAUAUAAGAAAAAUAAGAAUUUUUUAAGUAGAAAUAUUAAACAAAAACAAACAGAAAUGUCAAAGUUUAUUCCGUGAUUUUGAUACUUAUAUGUUGUUUUGGGGCCAGAUGAAACGAGCAUUUUAAGGGUAACAUUUUUAACUAAACUUGUUGUACCGAAUCCUUUUUAGUUAACUUUUUUUAUACAUUUAUUUUUUCAAAUUUGUUACCUUAGUUGGUUAGCCCAUAAAAUUUAAUUAUUUAUUUUUGUUAUUAGGUAUUUUCAAUCAACCUAGAUAAUUAUUAAAUGUUGUUAUUAUUAUUAUGUUAUUGUUAUUGUUAACAAUAGGUUUUAUUCGUAUAGCUGGAGUAUUGUGUCUUUAGAAGAAGUAGUAUCGUGUCUUUGCUAUUUAAUUGCUUUGCUAUGUUGCCACAAGUGACCUAAUGUGGACAGCUUUGAAUUCAACAAAAUUUAUUGCGGGUGUUAUCUUAAACCUCGAAUAUCUCAACUCACCUCAACUCAACUCAACUUACCUUAUUUUUUGUAAUAGAAUUGUUAUCUGAACAAAAGUAUAGUGCCUCCAUUUGAAAAUGUUGAGAUUUUGUUAAUUGAAUUCGCGAAAACUGCAUCACUUAUUUGGGACACCCUGUAUAAGUUGAGGCGCAUCUAUCAAUCUGAUUGAGUAGUGCAUCAUCUCCUUAGUAUGUGGUUAAAUUUUCGUUGCAAUACCGGGAUCGAUCAGUAGCGCCACAACACAAUUUCAUACGGGUCAAGCAAAAUAUGAAAAGAAAAACUAUGCAAAAUUCGAAUAGGAAUUUCUUAAGAAAGUAACUUUUAUUUUAACCGAGGAUUCAAAAAUAUUGAAAUAUACACGGUGUUCCAUUUAAAAUAACAAAGAUAAUGUCGGGGGAACACUUUUGGAACACCCUGUAUCAACAAAAUUGUAAUAUUUAAAAUCUUCGGGAAAGUCUAAGAAACUUUUAUACGAAACUGUUUUUCGUAUCUCCUAUGAGUUUCCAGAUCGUAUACUGGAUCGUUUUAUUUGGCACACCCAAAUGUGUUCCUGCCUGAGUUAGAUAUUGUUAAGGUGUUAUAUAUCUUUUUCCUUCUUCUUCCUUUCUCUUUCGAUUUUACCGGUAUUCACCAUAGUGUCAAUAGUAAAUUAAUAUAAAUUUGUAUUAAUAUAUGAAUAAAGGCUGACUGAGUUUCCCGUAAGCCUGGUUGUUUGACCUCGCUUGCUUUUCUCUGCUGUUGAAAGCGCAUUAGCCUAUUUCAUCCUUUUGAUUAUUUGCAGCAAUAAAUAUAUUGGAGGUCUAUGAAAUGUUAUUAUUAUAUUCAAAUUCAAUGAAAUUAAAUAAAAAUAAAUGAAAAAUAAUAAAAUAAAAAAUGAGAGGGUUCCUUUUAAAUGAUCUUUAAAAUUUCAAAUGAUUGUAGCUCAUAAAAAAAUUGAAAGUUAGUCCUCAAGGACAAUUGGCAAAAUUGAAAUAUUUACAUUAUUAUGAACAAACUUCAUUGUAUCUUAUUUGAUUUUUGCAAAACAGUUCAGAAAAACAAUUAGAGCAAAACCAUUUUUUGUUGUCCCGUGCAAACCAAAC